CGUCGAGUAUACGUAAUAAAAAAUAUAAUAUUAUAAUACCUAUAAGAUUACCGUGCAUGCUAUAGUAUUACAGUAAUACAGCAGGUACAAGUAUUACAGAUUUACUCGAUUAUCCAUUUUAAGUUCUUCAUCGUCGUGGUCGUUCUUAGUUGAUCGUUCGACGAUAAUAAAAAUAAAUAACAAUAAUAUUAUUAUGGUUUUUCAAACACCGAUCACAUCGUCCGGCCCGCAAAAGCGGUAUCAUCGUGAGCAGCUGUAAUGACAUUUCAAGAACACGUCGUCCCGACUCCGUCGAAUAACGACACAUCCACGAUUGGCUGUCUGCACGGUCUGUCCACGUUCGCCAAGCUCUACACGCUCACCGUACUCGACGACUGUUUCUCCCUGACGGACCUGCGCGCCGUGGUCAUUCGGGCUCUGUACGACACACUGCACUUUGUCAGCUUCGACCGAUUCCAAGUUGACAUAUUCAACUCGCUGGUGCUGUUCGAGAGUCUGCUGCUCGUUCUUUUGAUAUUCGUUUGGGGCAAAUAUAGUGGUGACAUCUACGAGCGCUUCCUGUCCACCGAAACUGUGGUUGAUGAACUAAGAGAAGACGUAUCCCAGUUGAAGUUACCUAAAUCAUAUACCCCACGCAUAUAAUGAGUGACAAAUUGAAAAAAUUUUUCCAAAAAAAAAAAGCUGAUGUGAAAUUUAAAAGAGCAGGACCCGGUCAUCGUCUGAACGAAGGCACUGCCACAGCUAAGACUGUGACUAAACAAGGCGAGACGUCUCGCGUUAGUAGAGUCGAGCCUACCGAUGAAGCUAAACAGGCAGCAGCUGCAGCCUUGGCUCGGUUUGAAAGUAAAAAGACUACCACCGGCCCUCUUAACAUUUCAUUGGCUGCAAUUAAAUCAAGAGCUAGAAAAGAAUUGGAAGCUGAAAGAAAAAACGUGAACCAAAACAUAGAUACAUUUACCUGUUCAGAAGAAGAAAAUACAAGUGUUGAAGUUCCUGGACCAUUAGCUACUAGUGGUAUUUUUUUCCAGUGCCCAAUGAUAGGUUUAGAAGUUUUGCCACAAGAAGAGUGGCAUAUAAAAAUAGAAGAAUUUAUUAAAGAACAAAUGAAAGAUGAUCCUAUACUACAAUCGAUUCUACUUAUCCAAAAUUGCAAUCAUAAUAGAACCAAGGUUGAAGAGUGCAUUAAGUUGCUAGUGACAUAUGCAGAAAAUAUCAUUAGAAAUAAAGACGAAGAAAAAUAUCGCAAAGUCAGAUUAACUAAUAAAACAUUUGUUGAAAAGGUAUUGCCAAUUAAAGGAGCAAUUGAAUUCUUAGAAUCUAUUGGUUUUGUUAAAAAAAAACUUAUGUACCAAGAACAAGAAGAAGAUUUCUUAGUUUUUCCCGAAGAAUGUUUGGAUAAUUUAGCCUCAGUGCAGACCACUGUGGACGACUUACAAUCUGCAGAGCGUAUUCAAUUAGUCUUGGAUAGAAAUGUUCAGGUACUCUUACCAUCGCAAGCAUCAACAAAAGUGUCAUUACCCCCAGAGUUUUUCAUAGUCUCUACUGCUGAAAUAAAAGCAGAAUAUCAAAAAAGGACUGAAAAACUGGAGAGUGAAAUGAUUCUAAAAACUAAAAAUAUGCGUAUGAAAGAACAAAAUAGAUACAAAUCAAAUUACAAGUACUGUUUGAUUCGAAUUAAAUUUCCAGACUGUUUGAUUUUACAGGGAACGUUUGGUGUCAAUGAGCAUUUGUCUGAUGUACUGGAAUUUGUUAAAGAAAGUGUAUUUGACGAACAGCGACCAUUCAAGCUGAGACUGUCCAGUGGAAGUACUUUUGAUAAUGAGCACGAAAAUAUGACUUUAAGCGAAUUGAACUUGGUGCCUACCACUGUUUUACUCUUCACUAAUGAUCCACCUGAAAAUAAUGAGGAACAUCCUUAUUUAAAAGACGAGCUCAUGGCAUUGGUGCAGUAACUGCAUAAAUAUUAAAUAUAUUUUAUUUUCAAAUCAAUUGUGAUAAAUUUUAAUAACCAAUUUAAUUGUGUAUUGUUUACUUACUAUACUUGGGUACAAUCAAUGGAUAUAUUUAAUUAGUUUCUUUUUGACUUUGUUAAAAAAUUAAAAAAUUUAUUUCAUAAUUUAUGAUAAAUAAAAAAGAUAUGUAUUACUUAAAAUGUAACAUUACUUUUUUUGUUAA